UAAUAGCUUUGACUCUUCACCGCAUGUUUCUAAAUUCAGGGAAUUGUUUCUUAACACUGUAUCAAAAGUGUAAAGUAAUUACUUAGUCUAGCUUGAACGUUAAAUGCAUAUUGGAUAUUGAAACUGCGGACAUCUGGCGGCGCGGAGUUACUCGUGAGGAUGUCGUUGUCAAAGUAUAUUUCCCCUCCCUUGACUUCCCUUCCACUGUGCUUACCCCGUUAUUAUGGCGGUGUGAUUCUAGUGGGUGUAAGCGCAUUCGGGUUAAACAUUUACUUCGCCCGCCGAGUUAUGCAAGCUCGCAAAGAACACAGCGUUGAGUUGCCUAUUAUGUACCACCCCACAAACAAAGUAUUUAACUGCAUCCAAAGAGGUCAUCAAAACUAUCUAGAGGUUCUCCCCUUUUUUCUCAUGGCGUUGUUCCUGGGUGGUUUGCGUUACCCUGUAGGUCGCCAUUUUUCUCAUAAUUUAAAACUUAGCGGACGUAUACUGCGUGUGGUGUAGUAUUUCUCCUUGGUCGCCUAUUGUAUUUUCAGGGAUAUGCAACCGGAGGUAAGCGAUGCUACAUUUAAAGUGCUUUAUUGUGGGUUACAAUUUCAACUUGAGAGUUUAUACGCCUUAAAUUCUGUAUAUCGAUCAGGAAUCCAAUCUUCUUAAUUUAGGGGAAUGGCACAGAGACUGCCAAUUGUCACUAAACUUUGGGUAGAACCCAAAAUCGGGAGACUGUCGGAUUACUAUUACUGGUUUAGUGUGAUGUAAGACAGUAUAUACACAUUUUAUAUUUGUUGUACGUCCCGCGCGUCCAUCGGAUUAAAUUCAAUUCUUAUGACGAACUCGAGCGACUUGUUGCGUAACACUGAAAACCCCUGAACUCUAUAUAACCACUUUAAAACACUGCAUAAAUGCAUGGCUUAUAAUCUUAAUAUAGUAUUCAAACUCUACUAUUAGGAUUAGGUUGCGCAGUUUACGGUUAGGGUUGAAAUUACGGUCUUGGACUCACGGUUAUGAUUAAGAUAUAAAGUCAUAGUUUAGAUUAGGCCUUACGCUUACCAUGUGUAUCAUAAUCCUAAACGUUCACUCUAACCCUGAAUCUUAAGUUCCAAUGUUAACCUGAACCCUAGUCCUAAAUGCUAGUCUCCACAGUCCUCUGCUUUCGAAACUACUUAACAUUCUUUCAUAAGUGAGAUCAUCCACAAAACAACCGGUAGACAACGUUUCGGUUAAUUUAUUCACCGUAAACUUGCUCGUUCUGGAUAGGGAAUUAAUUUGAACACAAGCUUCUAGUUGUUGCAAUGCCCUGCUAUGGCCGAGAGUGGGGUGGGCCCGCCCUCUCUUUCGAAAUGCUCUCACACGACCACGCGUAUACAGCCUCUGCCAGGGAAGUCCUACUCACUGCCCUCUCGUGGCGGGGAUGUUUGCAAAAAUGAGAGGACGAAAAGCGAAUGUCCGGCGCUUUAACCGGAUCCCAAACCAAUGGUCCACAUGGGCUUCAGUAUCCUGAAGGGACAAAUGGCGUCUGAAUCAGUCGUUGGUCACAGGCUACCAUGGGACUGCAUCUUCUUACGAUGCUCCAUUGCCUUGUGGACCAGACCUUUAGGUCAAAGGCUCGGGGUGUGGCCCCCUAAGAAAACCACCUGGUUCGGUUUGGGCACCCGGGCAGUAUCACAGCCCACACACAAAUAUGGUGUGGCGCAUAUAUAUUUGGUGCCCUCUUGCACCAAUAUUUAUGUGUCCAAAUAAAUAAAUAAUGACUAAUUGAAGUUAAUCGAGGCUGAUAAGGACCGAGAGUAGGGUUUGAGUUUUAACUCUCAAAACAAGUCUCUCUGAUAAAAAAUAUAUUGCAGUCAGGAUCGGAACGGUUAUUUUAGUCAGUCAUAAUGUGCGCUUCUCUCCCUCGAAAUGCAAGUUGUUGCUUCAGCACUGGUCUGCGCCAACACCUGAACUAAGGAUAGGGAGUGAAGUAGUCGAACACGUUGACAACUUCACUUAUCUUGGAAGUCUGAUCAGCCCUAAUGGGCUGGUAUCGGACGAAAUCUCAGCACGGAUUCGAAAAGCUCGCUUGGCUUUUGCCAACUUACGUCACCUUUGGCGAAGGCGAGAUAUCCGUCUAUCAAUAAAAGGACGAGUAUACUGCGCGGCAGUCCGUUCUGUUUUACUUUACGGCAGUGAAACAUGGCCUUUAAGAGUAGAAGACACUCGUAAGCUAUUAGUAUUUGACCACAGAUGCCUUAGAAAUAUUGCUGGCGUCUGCUGAGAUCACCGGGUAAGUAAUAGUGAGGUUAGACACAAGGUAUUAGGGAAUGAUGGUAAAUCAGUUGAUGAGGUUGUGAAUCUUCACCGAUUGAGAUGGUUGGGCCACGCGUUGCGUAUGCCUGAACACCGAUUACCACGACGCCCAAUGCCAACUGAUGUUGGGGAUGGUUGGAAGAAAGUUAGGGGCGGACAAAUCAAAACGUGGCAUCAGUGCUUGAAGUCACUAACUUCUAGUCUGAGCCAUGUUGGUAGAUGCAGACUACUUGGUUGGGGUCCGCGUGACUAUCGUAACCGAUGGUUGAAGACUUGGUGACAUGGCUCAGAAUCGAUCACGAUGGCGUAGGUGUAUACACUCUCUGUCUUCCCUUAAACUAAGAGAUUAAAACCGCUCCAUAUCUUUCUUUCUACGUACUAAUUCUUUCUUCUUGUACUAUAUCAUUAUAUGCAAUCUUUCUUUUAUAUAUUACCACAACUGAAUUAACUACUUUUAUGAAUCCGGUGUUUAUCUUGUUGUGUUAAUGAGGUAUGGCAACUUGGACCGAUGCAUAUAUGUGCUUGGUCCUACGUUGUAGCUGACUGACUGACUGACUCAUAAUGUGAACGAUGAGCAGCUUGGUUAAUAGUACUCUCCUGUAUAGUUCUUUCAUGUUACACGAGUUGGUGGUAUGAUAUGUUUAUUAUUCGUCAACUUAUUGAAAAGUAUAUAUGCACUCAUUCCUUUUUUUACUUUGAAAGACCCAGCAAAGCGUCAUAAAGGUGCUAUUUCCAUGGCCGGUGGAUUCCCAAUGAUUAUGGGGUUGCUAGUUUUCGGUGUUCAGCACUUGGUGGCGAGUAUAAGGUAAUAUAUGUAAUGGCCAAUUAAUAUUACGUUUAAUUAAAGCUGUUAUAUGUAUUAUGUGUCAAAUAUUAUUGCCUCAAUCCGAUCUCUCUUUCAUUUUUUUAGAUGUACGGGUUGUGCAUUGCGUAGUUGAGGGAAGUUGGGUCAUAUGUAACAGCAUUCAUAAAUAUUUAGUAGACGACUAUUUUUAUCAUUGUCAUGCAUGCAUUUAGAAUAAAACUAUUGCACAAAAUGUUCUUUUUGCUUAAUUUACACUAGCGUUAAUUUCAAAGCUGAAUUGUAUGACUUGGUAUUCAAGUCACCAAAAGUCCAAAUGUUAUUCCCUUUCACUUUACAAACCGUACAGUAGAGCAGUGCAAACAAAUAAUGUAAAUUAUAAGGAUUUAAACAUGCAAAACAUGCUUCUAUUGCCAUGUGCGAAUUGGUGAGGGGAAUCCACAAAUUCGGUCAUGCUACCUGAAAAACCAUAAUUUCCGCUAGUUUAUUUGUCUUACUAGUUUUAGUAGACAUUUGAAGAUCAUGGAUACCUGUUGAGCGUUUUUUUUCGGUCAAAAGCGCCACAACCUAGUCCAUAAUCGUCCUUUAAUUUCAUGGUUUACAAAAUCUAACCGUUGGCAACGACCGGAGUUUUGCAUCAGCUGCAGCCUGAUGUUUACAUUCAAAUUUUAAUUAAUGUCUAAUCGUCAAUAGCAGGCUAGGGCUAGUCACUCCCUGGCGUUUCUGUACAAGACCGAUUACUUAACUUCGAUAGCUUGUUUACGGUUCAGUUCUUCUUUUGUGAAGAUUUAAUAUCUGUAAAUCUCAG